GGCGGCGGGUGGGGGUUCGGGAAUCGAGGGGGGAGGAUGCCCGGGGAGGAGGAUCUGAACGAUAUGCCGAGCCAAACAGAACUUGCACGGAACUUUUCGGGUGAGGAGGAAGAGGAGGAGUCGUACGAGGAUGGGCAGGAAGGGGGGGAGGAGCCGCUGUAUCCCGGGUUGUACAAGGCGCUGUAUGCGUUUGUGCCAGAGGGCACGGCAGAGAUGGCGCUAGAGGAGGAGCAGGUUGUGCGAGUGAUUGGGCGGGGUGGGGGUGUUGGCUGGGCGGUCGUGGCGCGCCCCGAGAAGGACGGCGGGGGCCAUGCGCUGGUGCCAGAAAGCUAUCUGGAGCCCGUAAAACUGGACGACGAGGAAGACUAAGGGUGCUGUUGCCUUGCUGGCGAGGAACAGCUCCUUUGACCUUGAGGUACCCCAUUCUUGGUUUCGGCCGCCCACUUCUCAUCGAUCAUGCACUUGCGGAAUUAAUCAAUGUUUUUCCUUUUAUCCCACCUCAUAUGUUUCGCUCUGGAUCUACGUGCUGUGAUGUGUGUAUCCCUCCCUCCCGUACAUAUGUGUAGACGCUACGACCAGCCACAUGUUGUACGAAAAUUUGCUCCUUCAUUAUGCGUAUUCUAGUUUUCGGUGGGUGGACAUCGUUAUUGUUUUGCUACUACAGUAUCGUGC